AUGUUCGUGCUACCACUUCUGCUCCAAAAAAGGCUUGGUGAUGACCCUCGAGCUCAUAGUCUGUUACUUAGUGAAGAUAAUGAAAAGCUUAAAUUCAAUUUGGAAACUAUACAUCCCUCAAGCACUUCAUAUGGUGGGGCAUACACUACCGCACUUCCUCUCGGUGAUUCCAUGGAAGUCUUUGGUGAUGAGUCAUGCUACACAUCUGAGCUUUUUACAGGAACUACCAAGUAG